AAACUGGUGUCAGUUAGACGAGAGGACCGCACACAAGCCUGAAGCAGACUUGAGAGGAACAGCGAGACAAUGAAGUCCUUCAUUGGGAGUUUGGUUUAUUGCCUCUCUGUUCUGCUGCUGGAUCUCUGCGAUUCCUAUGACCUUAAUAAUCCAUCCUACAUUUUAGCCCAAAGUUACGCUCAGAGAAGAAACAACGGACUUCCGCACCGGACACUGAACCCUGCAGCUACAGAUUCACAGUGUAGGAGCCGCCCCUUGGACCUGGUCUUCAUCAUUGACAGCUCACGCAGCGUGCGUCCAGGUGAGUUUGAGAAGGUCAAGAUCUUCCUGGCUGACAUGGUGGACACUCUUGAUGUCGGUCCCGAUGCCACACGAGUUGCAGUGGUGAACUACGCCAGCACGGUCAAGAUUGAGUUCCUGCUGAAAAGCCAUCUUACGAAAGACACUAUAAAGCAAGCAAUCACCCGCAUCGAACCCUUGGCUGCAGGAACCAUGACUGGUAUGGCCAUCAAGAAAGCCAUGGAUGAAGCAUUCACUGAAAAGUCAGGAGCCCGGCCCAAAUCGAAGAACAUCUCGAAGGUCGCCAUCAUUGUUACCGAUGGGCGUCCUCAGGACCAAGUCGAGGAGGUGUCUGCUGCAGCACGGGCUUCAGGGAUUGAGAUUUACGCAGUCGGAGUGGACAGAGCUGACAUGCGGUCACUGAAGCUCAUGGCCAGCAAUCCACUUGAGGACCAUGUGUUCUACGUCGAGACCUAUGGAGUCAUUGAGAAGCUCACAUCGAAGUUCCGGGAGACAUUGUGCGGUAUGGACGCCUGUGCCAUGGGUCAUGACUGUGAGCACAUUUGUGUCAGCAGUGGCUCCUCCUAUUACUGCCAGUGCCGGAAGGGCUAUAUUUUGAACGAAGACCAGAAAACAUGUGCCCUAAAACAGGUGAAGGUGGAGAUUGUUCAGGAUCCCUGCAUGUGUGAAGCCCGACUGGCUUUCCAGAGGCAAACACAAACCUCCAUUCAGGACCUCAACGCCAAGCUUGCUGCUGUCACAAGAAAGAUUGAGCAAAUGGAAAACAUGCUGGGACGCAUGUAAUGGAGAAAUGAAUGGGUCAGCAUGAUCUGUGAACUUCAGCCAACAUACAUCUGCCAUCUCAUCAAUCAGUUUGUGCCUUCAAAACACCUAAAGAAAAGUUACAUAUGUUCACAGAUCAGUGACAAGCCCAAUAAAUUAUAUCAAGCUUAAAUAAUUCAUAAAGAAUUGAUUGUGCAUGUGCAAUGAUGUGAUUUUGCUCAGUAAGAAUAAUCUUUUCAUUUAAGAGUGUUAUGCAUCUGUCUAUUAUAUGAAUUAGGGCUGCACAAUAUAUCGUUUCAGCAUCAAUAUCGCUAUGUGCAUAUUUGCAAUAGUCACAUCACAGGAUGUGCAAUGUUGAGUCUGAAUUAUAGUUGACCUGGACUUACAGAUUUGCAUUUUAUUACUGUAUUUACACAAAAUUUCUAUGAUUUCUAUGAAAAAAAAAAAAGUUUUUAUUACUUAGAAUUUUUGUCUUGUUUCUAGUCCAAAUAUCUACAUUUUAAAGCAAAACCAAUAUUUUUUGUUUUUGUUUUUACUUACACCCCUGGUAUAUAAUUUACUUGUUUUGAAGCAAAGCAAUAUUUUUACUUGCUCUAUAAUUUUUUGAUAUUUGGACUAGAAAUGAGACAAAGCAAAGUAAUAAAAGCUUUUUUUGCAUUGUGAUUAUUCAAUUUCUGUACCUGAAUUCUGUUAGACUCCAUAGAAAACCAUCAAAUAGAGCUAUUCAAACAGUAAAAACAGAAAAAAAACUGCAAUAUCAUUUACAAUAUCGUGCAGCCCUAAUAUGAAUGUUUAUUAGUUUAGAUAUGAUUAUCUAAGUUGUAAUUUUGUUGUUCAAGCUCAUGUCAAAGAGAAAGUGUAACUAUUGUUUAAUCUUAUGUAACCUCUCCAAUACUGUAAUCUCCAAUAUUUAUAAUCAAGCAAUUUAAUCAAUAAUAUAUACUGUUUUUAUUAAAAUUAAUUAUAAAACUCUUUUAAACAGUUUGUUUACCCAGUUUGUAUAUUGUAAAAAGUGAUUUGUUUAAAAAAAAAAGUGAGUAAAAAAUGCCACCUUAAAAGCAA